CGCACAAAUAAAAGAAAAAUCAAUUCCAAAAUCUCAAACCCUUUACCCACUAACUACUAUAUAGGUACUACAAAAGCCUCAUCAAAAUUCUCUUAACCUUCAUUUUCUUUCUUGUUUUCACACCCCUUCUAAGUUCUAACUCCUCUUCAAAUGGCUCAGAAGGUUGUGUUAAAGGUGUUAACUAUGACAGAUGACAAAACCAAGCAAAAAGCUAUAGAAGCAGCUGCAGAUAUUUAUGGGGUUGAUUCAAUUGUAGCAGAUGUAAAGGAGCAAAAGUUGACAGUGAUUGGUUCAAUGGAUACAGUAAAAAUUGUGAAGAAGCUGAAAAAAGUAGGAAAAGUUGAUAUUGUAUCUGUUGGUCCUGCAAAAGAAGAGAAGAAAGAAGAAAAGAAAGAAGAGAAGAAGGAAGAGAAAAAAGAAGAGAAAAAGGAAGAGAAGAAAGAAGAGAAGAAAGAGGAAAAGAAAGAGGAGAAGAAAUAAAAG